AAACUAAAUAGUUGAAGUUUUAUUCUCCUUUUUCUUCGAGGAGCGCGUUUCCUUUUCUCUAGAAACUGCUGCUGUUUUUUUUUUCAUCCUUUUAACUCAGUCCCUGAAAAUUGAGCCGUUAACGUCAACCCGAUUCAGGCGGAACCGUUUCCUCACUCAAAAUCCUCGCACAAACUCAGCAGUUAAUUAAACACUUCAUAAAGUUGAGUCGCUUUAUUAGCAAAGUUGCCGUUAUAGUGAUAAUCAAAGGUGUUGAUUCUGUAGGAAGAAGGAAAAAAGUAAUGGAGAAAUCUGUUUUUGUUAAAGAUGUACAACAACUCAAUGGAAAUCUCCACCAUUCUUUUUCCUCUGUUUCUCAAAGAGAUGUAACUUACAGCUGUGGUUCUUGUGGGUAUGAGCUAAACCUAAGUUCCUCUAGUAGAAACACCGCAACAAUCGGCUCUAAAUAUGGAAAAUUGAUUAAGCGAGGGAUGAUAUCAUUCUUCAAUAUAGACGAGACAAGAUUUACGCAGGUCGAUGAAUUCCAAUGCAGACCCUACUUUUCGAAGCACUCGUGGGGUUUAUUCCGCCAUAGAACCAAACUACUUUGUCGCAAGUGUGGGAACCACAUUGGCGAUGCUUAUGAUGAUAAAUCUUCUGGCUACCCUCAUGUCUUAGAUGGUUCUGAUUCAUCCUCCGGCACUGAACCUUCUAACCAUAGAAAAUAUGAUGUUAGAAUCCGUGCCCUACAGCCUUCGACUGCUGAAGGACUCGGCUCUCCACUUUUUGCGUGAUUUCCUGCAGUGCAUCAUUGAUGGUCUUCGGUUUGAAUUAUCAACUACUGACUGAGCGUUUUCGUAUGGGAUUAUUGCUGUCUAUUAGUUGGUUUGAGUCUUCCAUUUUAUGCUGUCUUUGCUGUGUUUCUGUUAAGUGUAUAUAUGAAAGGUAAGUAAUGUGGAGCUUUAAAAUGAGGUUGAGCACAGUAAUGUCAUUACCCAAAUUUAAAUGUAAUAUCUGUUUGAGUUGAAUUAAAUCGAGUAUUUUUCUUUUGGCCUUUGAA